CAAUCUCAUCCGCUUUAAACAACCUCAUCAAAACUACUUUCUGGUCAGAGAGAAGCAAUAAUUAUUAUUAUCAAUAAUUAACGAUUAAUAAACUUGAAUGCACUAUGGCCAGCACUAUUAAGGAAGCAUUAUCAGUGGUGAGUGAGGAUCAGUCAUUAUUCGAGUGUGCCUACGGAGCUCCACACCUUGCUAAGACUGAGAUGACUGCAUCCUCCUCCAGUGAAUAUGGACAGACUUCCAAGAUGAGUCCACGAAUCCCUCAGCAGGACUGGCUACCACAACCCCCAUCUAGAGUUACAAUCAAGAUGGAAUGUAACUCUAAUCAAGUUAAUGGUUCAAGGAACUCUCCUGAUGACUGCAAUGUUACAAAGGGUGGGAAGAUGGUCAACAGCCAAGAUAAUGUUGGAAUGAAUUAUGGCAGCUUUUUGGAGGAGAAACAUAUUCUAUCAACAAACAUGACAACAAAUGAAAGAAGGGUUAUUGUACCUGCAGAUCCUAUGUUAUGGAGCACAGACCACGUCCGGCAAUGGCUAGAAUGGGCAGUGAAAGAAUAUGGUCUUCCAGAUGUUGACAUCUUGCUGUUCCAGAACAUAGAUGGGAAGGAUCUGUGCAAGAUGACCAAAGAUGAUUUCCAAAGACUCACUCCAAGUUAUAAUGCUGAUAUCCUUCUCUCCCAUCUUCACUACCUCAGAGAGACUCCUCUUCCACAUUUGACUUCAGAUGAUGUUGAUAAAGCCUUACAAAACUCUCCACGGUUAAUGCAUGCUAGAAACACAGGAGGAGCCACUUUUAUUUUUCCAAAUACUUCAGUAUAUCCUGAAUCCACACAAAGAAUUGCAUCUAGGUCAGAUUUACCAUAUGAAGCAGCUAGGAGAUCAACCUGGACAAGUCAUAGUCACCCUACACAAUCAAAAGUUACUCAGCCAUCUUCUUCAACUGUUCCCAAAACUGAAGACCAGCGUCCCCAAUUAGAUCCAUAUCAGAUUCUUGGACCAACAAGUAGCCGUCUUGCAAAUCCCGGGAGUGGACAAAUACAGCUUUGGCAGUUCCUUCUGGAGCUUCUCUCUGACAGCUCAAAUUCCAACUGUAUCACUUGGGAAGGCACCAAUGGAGAAUUCAAGAUGACAGACCCUGAUGAAGUUGCCCGUCGCUGGGGAGAACGCAAAAGCAAACCUAACAUGAACUAUGAUAAGCUCAGCCGAGCAUUACGUUACUACUAUGACAAAAAUAUUAUGACUAAAGUUCAUGGCAAGCGGUAUGCUUAUAAAUUUGACUUCCAUGGAAUUGCUCAGGCAUUGCAGCCCCAUCCUCCUGAAUCUUCUUUGUACAAGUAUCCAUCAGACCUCCCUUACAUGGGCUCCUAUCAUGCUCAUCCUCAGAAGAUGAACUUUGUUGCUCCUCAUCCUCCUGCUUUGCCUGUGACAUCUUCCAGUUUCUUCUCUGCCCCUAACCCAUACUGGAAUUCAUCAACUGGAAGUAUCUACCCUAAUACCAGGCUUCCAGCCAGCCAUAUGCCUUCCCAUUUGGGGACUUACUACUAAAGGAAAAAUGAAAUUCCUCUACAUUAUAAAAUGUCCCACUGGAUUUUUAUAAAGUCUGUUAGAGAGAACAUGAAUCAAAAGUGGAAUGAAAGGAAUGAAAAAGGUUGAUUAUAUUUCACAUUGGGGGUGAUAGUGGGAGGUGGAGAAAGAGAUAAAACAGUCCCUUAGAGAUAAGGAAUUAAUAAAAUUAAUACCUAAAAAGCAAAGAUUAAGCUAAAUGUAAUAUGGGAAAUCAUGAAAGACAAUGUAAGUUGAAGCAAGAAGUGAUCAUGAUCAAGAGAAGUGUUGCUUUAGUAAGUUUAUAAGAUUCAGUGUAAAGUUUGGUAUCCACGUGCUAACUGGGACUAUACUACAAUAUUAGGAUAAUACAAUAUUGAUCUAACAUACAAUAUAUGAAUUCAUUUCUUAAACUCUGCCUGUAUUUAAAAUAGAAGUAUAUAUACAUAUAUAGUGUGUAUAUAUGUAUAUAUAUAUAUGAAUUCUCUCUAUAUGAAUUUAUACACAUAUUUACACACAGAUUCAGACUGGUUUAUUAUGGAAGCCAAUGUGUGGAAUACAAUGGCACUUGCUGUUUUGAUUCAAAUCAAAAUGGAGGGCUAUCAGCUAUUUCAAACUGUGAAGACUCUUCAUCAUUUCAGAUUUCUAUGAUCCAAAGAGUAGGACUGAGGAUGUGUAUAAAAGACAAGUGUAUGAUUGUAGAACAAGAGCCUGCAUCUGCAACAGGACAUUAGUGAGCAGCAGAAGAAGAGGGCAACAAAGAAUGAGAAAGAAACUGCUUAACCAAGCAGAAACUGAAAAUGUUAACAUUGGAACUUGGAGAAAGAUUUAUUAGGAUAUGAGAUAAAGUGUUAUCAGUAUUAUGUCAUCCCUAGUAUACAGAGAGAACACUGCUAAUCUUAAAAGGAAAAGUAGUGUGAAAUUCAGAAUUCAAAUUGCACAUCACUUUUUAAAGUUUUCUUUUUUAAAAAAAACUGGAAUUAUCUGAUAUUUAGAAGAAACAGUCAGGACCUCACCAUUAUCUUGGGGCAUAAGGUAAGAGACAGCCUUGCUGACUGUCAUUAUCAGAAAUCACAUAAAUGUCUUGGUUAAGUGGACAUCACUUUUCCUUUUUGAGUCGCAAAUGCUGUGCGUUUGUAUGAAUGAAAUAUACAAGUCAGUGGGUUUUUUCUCUUUAUUACAUAAUUAAUUAUAUAACUUAUGCAUUUAUACACUACGAGUUGAUCUCGGCCAACCAAAGAUGACCACACAGACACACAGAUAUAGACACGGACACAGACAUGCACGUACACAGAGACACAGAGACACACAUAAACACACACAUGCUGGUUAAUCAGAAAUAUUGUGGCCUUGAAUUUUAACUCAGUAUGCUUAAUGUUUACAAUAUGAAGUUAUUAAUACUUAGAAUGCAGAGUGUAUAUAAUAAAAUAAGCUUGGCCUAGAUUUAUGAUUCUUAUUUAUAUAGUUGUCUGCAUUUUUAGUCACCAAUUUGCUUCAUCAUCAUAAUUGGUUAGAAAUGUUCAUCUUCAUUUUUGUCCCUUAAGAAAGUAAAAGAUAAAUAGAAAGGACUCAAAUCCCUUUUGACUGAAAUUAUAUCAUGGUUCAAUCCUCAAAAUCAGUUUAUCCCAUAUAGUUGUGAGAAUCUGUACCAAAUUCUUCCUAUUUGUUUCCAUGCUGCUAGCAUGUUCAUGUCUCCUCUCUGGAACAGUAGUACCAAACAUUAUAUUGGUGGAUUGGUCAUGCAUGCUAAUUUUUACUCAUCCACAGAAUGGAAAGAGAAGACUGAAACUGAGGAAUGUUUUUUGAAGUAAAAAUUUAAAUUCUCUAUCACAAAUCACCACAUGGUUCUUAAUAUAAUCAUAAAGUGUUGAUAGAACCAUGAAAAACCUGCUGCACUUAAAGAAAUUAUAUCAUUCAUUGUAAAAUAAAAUUUUAACUAAAAAACCCCUGUUAUUCCUCAGUUUAUAACAGUAGGGGGCAACAUCUUAAUGUGUUAUUUGGCUAUUUUCAUUGUUUAAAAUAAGCUGAAUAUUACCUCCUUUUAUAUCACAGGAAUUUAGGGACCAGAGUUCAGGGUUUAGAAAUCUCUAACCUCAUAUUUUUUUAGUAGCUGUGCUCAGUAGACAUUGUUUCCAAGAUCCAGUAUACCAGUGGACUUAUGAACACAUCAAUGUGAGUAUUCCCAAGUUGUGUCUGCUGGUCCUUUUCCAUGUUCUCACAUAUAUAUUUACCAUAAGGUGUCAGUCCUUAUGUUAUGUCGGGGGGCGGGGGGAGGAGGUGAAAGGGAAUUGAGCAGCAAGACUGGGGAGAUCUCUGAGUUAUCUAGUAACUUACUUGGACUGGUAUGAAGAGCAAAUCUUGAACACAAAGGUCAAUUGCAUCAUUUCCCAGUAGUUCCAGAAGCAUUCAUAAGCUUUAUGCAGUCUUUUUCCAUAAGGAAAACUUAGUUGUCAGACCUCUAUGCUGUGAAGUCUUGGCAAUAAUUCCUAAAAAUUAUAUAGGAUCACAUUACUUGAAUUCCAGAAAAUUGGCAUCCAUAUUGCAAAUAGUCUCCACCAUUAUAUUCACAUUGAAAAUAACUUCAUUUUGUUCUACAUUGUACCUUGAUCCUGUAUCAUUAAAAAAAAAAACUAGCAGAAAAGGAUAUGAAAACUGUACUACAGGAAAAGGUUAAUCACUUACUCUGUUAGAAGAUCAAGUCAAAUGUGUCUGCAUUCUGCAUAUAAUUGUAAAUUUUACUCUCCUGGUAAUUCAAUGCUACUGUUUCAAGACCAUUUCAUGAGCAAAACAAUAAAUACAAAAUAAGAUCAAAUUCAAUUUUACAAAUGUUUUAAGUUUGCUGCCCACCUAAUCCCAUCCAAAUUAUUUACAAAGUUUGAUGUAAAUAUGAGCAAUGAAGGAGCAUUUUUUAAGACCUUUAUAAUGAAUGUCCUCAAUAAAACACCCUUUAAAAUAAUUUUUACCUAUUUAUAUCAUGUUCAAAUUUCAAAAUGUUUUCCCACUGUUUUAUUUUUCAUUUCAAAUCCCCCAACAAUUGAUUUAAGAGUCUUACAUGACCACUGGAACCUUAAACAUUUUUUUUUCAUAUUGAUUUUUUUUCCAGAAGCAUUUGUUUGUGUUGGUUUCCUGGAAAAUAGAAUCUUGCUGAAAGAUUCCUCUUUUGCUGUCUUAAAUAGUGUUUUAAUUUCU